CAACAUAUAAAUAACUUGAUUUCUGCUCCUGAAUCUUGCUAUUUUCUCUGUAGUAUUCAACUUUUUUCCUUUAGUUUUUAAUUUUUUUGUUGAAAUAUUGUAUUUUUUGCAUUAACUAAGUAUUUUUUUUGAAUCAAUUAAUAAUCAAGUAUAACGAAACAACAACAACACAUCAAUCAAUCAAUCAAUCAAUAAUGGCUUCGAUUCCUGAUACCUCAUAUAUCUCUGAGGAUAACGGUUUAAAAUCUCCUCGUGCACACAGAUAUGAUUCAGAUCCAAAUAAUAACGAAAAAAUAUUUGGUUUAUCCAAUUCACUACGAAAUUAUUUGGUUGUAAUAAUUGGCGAGUUCUGUGGUACUUUUAUCUUCUUGUGGACUGCUUUCAUGAUUGCUCAAAUUGCCAACCAUGAUAUUAUACUAAACUCUAUGUUAGAUGUAGAACGUGGUUCUUCUCCAGCCCAAUUGAUUAUGAUUUCCUUUGGUUUCGGUUUCGGUGUCAUGGUUAGUGUGUUCUUAUUUUUCAGAGUAUCUGGCGGUAAUUUUAAUCCAGCUGUCACUGUCACCUUGAUGCUAGCUGGUGCUGUUCCACUAGUAAGAGGAUUGUUAAUGAUUUUUACCCAAAUGGUUGCUGGGAUGGCUGCUGCUGGGGCUGUUAGUGCCAUGACCCCCGGUGAAAUUUUAUUUGCUAAUUCUUUAGGUGGUGGUUGUUCGAGAUCCAGAGGUCUUUUUAUUGAAGCAUUUGCAACCUGUAUCCUCUGUGUAACGGUUUUAAUGAUGGCUGUUGAAAAACAUAGAGCAACCUUCAUGGCUCCAUUUGCCAUUGGAAUUGCUUUGUUUAUUGGUCAUUUAAUCUGUGUCUAUUAUACAGGUGCUGGUUUGAAUCCUGCUAGAUCCUUUGGCCCUUGUAUUGCAGCAGCUUCUUUUCCUAACUAUCAUUGGAUUUAUUGGCUUGGUCCAUUUCUUGGUUCUUUCCUUGCUUUUGGUAUUUGGAAAUUAUUAAAACUCUUGCAUUACCAAACCGCUAAUCCUGGACAAGAUGAUGAUGGAUUAGAAAUAUACCACCAGAGAUCGAUUGUUUAAUUCCAAUCACAGACCUAUUUUUUGCUAUCAAUCUGAUAAAACUAAACAUUAACAACUACAAAACCAAAAAAAGCUCAUAAA